UUUGGUUCGUCAGAGGCGCAGGGAGCUCAGUGUUUGGACCCAAACAACUCAGAUCUUCCCCCUGCGGAGCUUCUCUCUCCAGAUUUUCUCUCCUGGAUACUCUUUUUGUGUGUGCGAGAGAGGAGAGGGCUGCUGGUGUUUCGCAUUUCAGCUUCAUGGGAAGUGAUGUAGCGCCCGCACCGAAGGACGGCUUGUGCCAUACAGGGAUGUAAGGGACAGACGCGUGGAUACAACACGAGGAAGCUGCUGUAUCUCCGCGACAUCAGCGAGAAUCGGAUUGUGGACCGAAGCGGUUUACCCCGGGAUAUUGAACGCAUCUGCUGGGGGAACUGUUUGGAUUCGUUGUUCUCUCCUUAAGCCGUUUUAUCAAACCCUUCCUCACACCGUGCGUCGGGACGCUACCCACCGCCUGAGAGACAGUUUGGAGAGAAAUGAUCGGUAACACUUUGAAUGGAAGGACGUGAGCCAACCCUGCUGUUCAGCAGUCCUUUCUAACCCCGCGGAUCGAGCAUGUUUUGACUAUCUGGAAUGUGAUAUUGUGCGGAGAACACUCAAGAAGCAAACUCUGUCUCACAACAAGAUUUUGGACGGCACCUGGCCCCAGAGCAGCAGGACUCUUGGUUUUUGUGGGAAGCGUGGCGCAGUGGAGGGAGCCCUGCAACAAAGGAAGCACCGAUUCGUGCGUGUGCGAGCUAAACACUGAACUCUACUGGGACCUGGAGCAGCGGGCGGUAAGAGGAGGAGGCCAUGUGGACCGCACGCCUGCUAGUCCUCGCCAGCCUCUUUGCACCAGCCGCUCUCGCCUUCAGUCGAGCACCCAUCCCCAUGGCGGUGGUGAGGAGGGAGCUGUCAUGCGAGGGUUACCCCAUCGAGCUGCGCUGCCCUGGCACCGACGUCAUCAUGAUAGAGAGUGCCAACUACGGACGCACCGACGACAAAAUCUGUGACGCAGACCCAGCGCAGAUGGAGAACACGCGCUGCUACCUGCCUGACGCGUACAAGAUCAUGUCACAGAGAUGUAAUAACCGGACGCAGUGUGCCGUUGUGGCUGGACCAGACGUGUUUCCUGACCCCUGCCCGGGGACAUACAAAUAUCUGGAAGUCCAGUACGAAUGUGUGCCCUACAUCUUCCUGUGCCCAGGGCUUCUGCGCAGGGUGUACCAGAGCGAGCACCUGUUCGAGUCGGACCACCAGUCUGGAGCAUGGUGCAAAGACCCGCUGCAGGCCUCCGAUAAGAUCUACUACAUGCCCUGGACCCCGUACCGCACCGACACGCUGACUGAGUACUCCUCGAAAGAGGACUUCAUCGCCGGGAGGCCGACGACAACCUAUAAGCUGCCGCACCGUGUUGACGGGACUGGCUUUGUUGUGUACGAUGGGGCGCUUUUCUUCAACAAGGAGCGCACACGCAACAUAGUCAAGUUUGACCUGCGGACUCGAAUCAAGAGCGGCGAGGCCAUCAUCGCCAACGCCAACUACCACGAUACCUCUCCGUACCGCUGGGGGGGGAAGUCGGACAUUGACCUGGCUGUUGAUGAGAACGGCCUCUGGGUGAUUUAUGCCACCGAGCAGAACAAUGGGCGCAUCGUCAUCAGCCAGCUGAACCCCUACACGUUACGUGUGGAGGGCACUUGGGACACCGCAUACGACAAGCGUUCUGCGUCCAACGCCUUCAUGAUCUGUGGUGUCCUCUAUGUGGUGAAGUCUGUGUACGAGGAUGACGACAACGAGGCCACAGGAAACAAGAUCGACUACAUUUACAACACUGAGCUGAGCAAAGACGGCUUCCUGGACAUCCCCUUCCCCAACUCCUACCAGUACAUCGCCGCCGUGGAUUACAAUCCCAGAGAUAACCUGCUGUACGUCUGGAACAACUACCAUGUGGUCAAAUACUCUCUGGACUUCGGAGCGCUAGACAACAGGCUCGAAUCCUCCUCUUCUGUGAUGGUGUAUAUGGACACCACCACCAUGAUGACGAGCACCACCCCUCGAAUGACCACCGCUACCAGGACCACCACCACAUCCAGGACCACCACCACCAAGAUGCUUUCCUCCUCCACCGUCCCUGGGAUGGCUCCUUGGCCCCGCACCACCACCACAGUGGCGGCCCCCGGGCACACGCUGGUGGCGGGUCUGCUCCCUGAGGAGGAAGACGAGGACCACAGCAGGGGGCCCCCAUCCUCCAAACUCCCCAACAUCCGGGUGGAGUACUGCAAUCCCCUCAUGAUGAUGGACGUCUCCUGGCCCAGGACCAAGCAGGGUGUUGGGGUCAAGAUGCCCUGUCCCCCAGGAGCCAUGGGCGUGGCUUCCUACAUGUGCGUGGGUCCGGAGGGAUACUGGGACCCCCAGGGGCCUAACUUCAGCAACUGCACCUCCCCCUGGGUCAAUCUCAUCAGCCAGAAGAUCAAAGCUGGAGAGACGGCUGCAGUCAUUGCCCGGGAGUUAGCAGAGCAAACGAAGCGUAAUCUCCAGGCGGGAGACAUCUCCUUCACAGUGAAGGCCAUGGUGCAGCUGGUGGAUCUGCUCGACGUGCAGCUCAGGAACCUGACGCCCGGUGGCAAAGACAGCGCUGCCCGGAGCCUCAACAAGCUGCAGAAAAGAGAGCGCUCUUGCCGCUUUUAUGUUCAGGCCAUGGUGGAAACGGUCAACAAUCUCCUGCAGCCCCAGGCACAGGCAGCGUGGAGAGAGCUGAGCACCGCAGAGCAGCUGAGGGCCGCCACCACGCUGCUGGACACGGUGGAGCAGGGCGCCUUCGUCCUCGCCGACAACCUGCUGAAGACGGACAUCGUGCAGGAGAACACCGACAACAUCCAGCUGGAGGUGGCGAGGAUGAGCACUGAUGGGAACUUGCCCGAUCUGAAGUUCCCACAGACAGGAGGACAGGGCAACUCCAUCCACCUGUCAGCCAACACGCUGAAGCAGCACGGGAGAAACGGUGAGAUCCGGAUUGCGUUUGUCCUGUACAAACACAUCGGGAUCUACCUGUCGACGGAGAACGCCAGCAUGAAACUUGGCAGCGAGGCCAUGGCGACCAAUUACUCUGUCAUCGUUAAUUCCCCGGUCAUCACCGCGGCCAUCAACAAGGACUCCAACAAAGUGUACCUCUCGGACCCCGUCAUAUUCACCAUCAGACAUCUGCAGCAGUCUGAGGAGAACUUCAACCCCAACUGUUCAUUCUGGAGUUACUCCAAGAGGACUAUGACCGGUUUCUGGUCCACGCAGGACUGCCGUCUGCUCGGCACCAACCGCACACACACCACCUGCUCCUGCACACACCUCACCAACUUUGCCGUGCUCAUGGCCCACGUGGACGUCAAGAACACAGACCCAGUCCAUGACAUGCUCCUGGACGUGAUCACCUGGGUGGGCAUACUCCUGUCUCUGGUCUGCCUGCUCAUCAGCCUCUUCACCUUCUGCUUCUUCCGCGGUCUGCAGAGCGACCGUAACACCAUCCACAAGAACCUGUGUAUCAGCCUGUUUAUCGCAGAGUCUCUGUUCCUGGUGGGCAUCAACCGAGGGGACCAGCCGAUUGCUUGUGCCGUCUUCGCCGCCCUGCUGCACUUCUUUUUCCUGGCGGCAUUCACGUGGAUGUUCCUUGAGGGCGUGCAGCUCUACAUCAUGCUGGUGGAGGUGUUUGAGAGCGAGCACUCACGCAGGCGCUACUUCUACCUGGUGGGCUACGGGGUCCCCGCGCUAAUUGUGGCCGUUUCUGCUGCAGUGGACUACCGCAGCUACGGCACUGACCGAAUUUGCUGGCUGCGCCUGGACACCUACUUCAUUUGGAGUUUCAUAGGACCAGCAACCUUGAUAAUUAUGCUCAACGUGAUCUUCCUCGGCAUCGCCCUUUACAAGAUGUUCCAUCACACGGCCAUCUUGAAACCAGACUCCGGUUGCCUGGACAACAUCAACUACCGUUAUUAUGAUGGAUGUGUUAUUGUAGAGUGGCACUGCUAUCAGGAUUAUGAACCUGAGAUCAAGUCCUGGGUGAUUGGGGCCAUCGCCCUGCUCUGCCUGCUGGGCCUUACUUGGGCGUUCGGCCUGAUGUACGUCAACGAGAGCACAGUAGUCAUGGCCUACCUGUUCACCAUAUUCAACUCCCUGCAGGGCAUGUUCAUCUUCAUCUUCCACUGUGUGCUGCAGAAGAAGGUGCGUAAGGAGUAUGGGAAAUGUCUGCGCACUCACUGCUGCAGCGGAAAAAGUGUGGACAGCUCCAUUGGCUCCGUGAAAGGAACGGCUUCUCGAGUCCCGGGACGUUAUUCUACAGGCUCACAGAGCCGGAUCCGUCGGAUGUGGAACGACACAGUCAGAAAACAGUCAGAAUCCUCCUUCAUGACCGGAGACAUCAACAGCUCUGCUUCUCUCAAUAGAGGGGCUAUGGCUAACCAUCUUAUUCCUAAUGCACUCCUCCGUCCUCAUGGCACUAACAAUCCCUAUAACACAUUGCUUGGGGAAUCGGCAGUCUAUAACAACCCUCUGGGCAUGUACAACACACAAGAGCCCUACAGAGAGACAAAGGGAAUCCUGAACAAUGCCCGGGAUACAAGUGUCAUGGAUACUCUACCACUGAAUGGUAACCACGGCAACAGCUACAGCAUCGCCAGCGCCGAGUACAUGAGCGACUGCGUACAGAUCCUAGAGCGGGGGUACAACCACAAGGAGACCACCCUGGAGAAGAAGAUCCUCAAAGAGCUCACCUCCAACUACAUCCCCUCCUAUCUCAACAACGCCCACCACGAGCGCUCCGCCGAGCACAACCGCAACCUCAUGAACAAACUGGUCAACAACGUGAGCAACGGGGGCAAGGAUGGCGGCUACGGCAUGGGUCUUGGGGUGGGGGGGAUGAUGGGGAUGGGGAUGAACGUGGUGCUGAGCCUGGACGACCACUCCACCUUCGGGCCACACCACGACGAGGGCCUGGGUCUGGAACUGAUCCGAGAGGAGUCCAUCGCCCCACUGCUCCCUCAGAGACCCCCGCCCUCUCUUGACCAACUUAACAACCACCUCCACCAGUCAGUGCCACCCCCCCUCCCACUGCCCCACCACCCCUUCACCUCCGCCAACACCUCAUCGUCCCGGCGGAGGAUCCCGCAGGAGAACAGCGAGAGCUUCUUCCCGUUACUCACCAACGAGCACACGGAGGAGGAGGGCUCCACCCCCAUCCACAACCCCCAGAGAGACUCCCUGUACACCAGCAUGCCCCUGCUGCCCGGCCUGCCCCACGUGUCCUCAGACUCCGCUGAUGGGGGGGAUGCCAAAAGCCCAGAGGCCGGCUCGGACGACGUUUACUACAAGAGCAUGCCCAACCUGGGCUCCAGGAACCACCUGCACCAGCUGAGCUCCUACUACCAGCUGGGGAGGGGCAGCAGCGACGGCUUCAUCGUGACCCCCAACAAAGAGGAUCUGACUCCAGAGGAGGCCCAACCAGAGGCCUCGCACCUCGUCACCAGCCUAUAGGUCCCCCCGCUCCUCCUUACGCAGCCCCUCCUCCAUCUGUUGUUGGCAGUGGUAGCCUUUCUUUUAUUCUGUGCCCCCUCGCAGCAAACUCUUGCUAAGACUGACCCCAGACAGGAUAAUAAUGCUCGAUGUGGGAGUUAAACUUUGCGGGAAUCUGUUGAUGUUGUGCCCCCCCCCCCCCCCCCUUGUGUUUUGUCUCAGUGUGCAGAGACUUACUCACACGUUUAGAGAUACAGCGUGACUGCAAAGCCCCGAACAUCCAGUCUGAACUGCAGCAGAAUCAACGGGGAAUUUAAAAAAGGACUAUUUUAUUAUACUUCUGUAUCCAUAAUGACUUUUUGAAAGAUUUUCUUCCUCUUUGGUGAGUUGCAGCACAUUUUGUUUGCUGGAGUGUCCCUUCAAUGAAAAAAAGACAAAAAAAAUUGAACAAUAACUACGAAGAAAUUAUUGAUCGUAUGCUUUGAAGCAUAGCUGUUUUCUUUCAUUUUACUGUAAUAACAGGAGGGAGAAAAAAACUAAUAAGAGAAUUAUGAGAUAUUUCUAUGUAAUUGUACAGAUAACUAGCAUUGCACACAAUAGUAUGCUUUUUUUUGUUCCGAGCAAACCUUUGUCUCUGUAAAUGUAGUGAUUAGGAGUGGUUCUGUUCUCUGGGUUUCUGGUACCAGUCUGUUUUUGUUUUCCUCUUUAUCCCUCUGCUAGAAAUGACUAAAUAGAAGCAAAAUAACAUCAUAACAAAACACUUAUUGUGCAGGCAUUACCGUGCGACAUAUUCAUCUUUGUUUCGGGUUUAUGUUUCUUUCUUUUCCUUUCUUACUUUAGAUAUCAGAUGAUGGCAGAGCUAAAGAUGGUGCAGAACACACUCAGACAGAUACAAAUUGAUGAGCACCAGGCACGUGUACAAAAUAAAGAAAUAUGGAUGGUUUACUUAUUAAAGAAAAAAGCUUUUGGAGUGAGAAAAACUGGAAGUGUUUUCGUUCUUCUUCCUCGGGGAGAAAAUAUAUUUAUUUAUUUGUCAAAAUAAAAAGAAGAAUGGACGUACGUUUAGCGGCACAGAUCGGGUUUAUUAUUGGCUUCUUAUUUAUUCCUUUUUGUAAUGGUUUCCACAUUGAAUGAACUAAUAUUUGUUGUAACAGUGAAACUUGUUUGCCAACAAAUAAAUUACCGACAGAGAUUUAUUACUUAGCUAUGACAGACGCUCUGGUGUUGUGUCGGGGUCUAAAAGGUGGAACCAUUUAUUCAUUAUUUUAUCUGAUUUUCAGUUAAUUUCCCUCGUUAGUUCGUUUUAGUGCCAAAUGACGUUUUGGCCCAGCAGCAGUGGAUGUGCUCUGUAUGCUCUGCUUUACAAUAGAAGCAGUGGUUUCAUAAGCUGUAAUAAAUAUUUCAAUAUCA